GGGACUGUCUUCAGCUCUAAACCGCUCUGAAACAUACAGAUCUAAUCACAGUAGGAUGCACAGUCAACCUUCAGGUCACAGACGUAGCUACUGUGCUGUUGGCAUUUGCAAAUAUAAUGCUUUAAAACACAAUGGUGAAGGGGAAGAAGAAAUCUAAUGAACCAUCCGGUAGAAAAAUCACACUCAAGAUGGCCAGGAAUGCUCUGAAGGUGACCGUAGAUGGUAAGCGUCGCCUCGACCUCAGUAACAUGGCCAUCGCCACAUUCCCAAAGUGCAUCAUGAAGCUCUGCGACGUAGAAGAGCUGGACCUCAGCCGUAACCUUCUCAAGAAGAUCCCAGACACCAUCGACAAGUUCGUGAACCUCCGCUCGCUGGACCUGCACAGCAACCAUCUGGAGCAGGUUCCUGCAGCAAUCGGCCGUCUGCAUAACCUCUACAGCCUCAACCUGUGCAACAACCAUCUGACCAGCGCUGGCCUGCCGCAUGAGCUGGGGCUCCUGAGGAACCUCCGGGUCCUCAACCUGGGAAUGAACCGCAUCGAGACUCUACCUCCACCUGUGGCUGCUCUCAAAGAGCUGCAGGAGCUGGGGCUCUUCAACAACCUCCUGACACAUUUGCCCAAGUGCAUCCAAAACCUCCCAAAGCUGCAAAGGCUGAACGUCAAAGCCAACCCCAUCCCUCCAGCCCAGUCUCCAGAGCUGGACCGCAUCCAGAGAGUGGGGUGUCUGUAUCUAGUCCGGGAGGACUGUCUGUGCACCGACUGCCUCAAGAGAUGCAAGGAGGAAAGAGAGAAGCUAGACAGUCGAAUGAGUGCCACUUCUACACUCAAGAAGUCCAUCUUUGCUGGGCUCAUAACGCCAAACUCUGUAGCACAGGAGAACCAGGCUAUAUGGAGGUAAACCUGUAGACUAGUCUAAUGUGCCAAUCCCAAAUAAAGUCCAAAUCCAUCUUGUCGGCAUGUACACUCUUAUAAAUGAAGGAUUGGCAUCUGAACUUUCUCUUCUGCUCAUAGUGCAAAAAAAAAUUCAUUUAAAGGGAUAGUUCACCCAAAAAUGAAAAUUCUGUCAUUAAUUGCUCACACUCAU